AUGAACGGCCCCAAGACCACAAAAGCCGUUGUCGUGGUGGAACUCACCAAAGCCGCCGUUCGUGACGUCCUCCAGCCCAAGGUGCGCAACGGAUGGUUGCUCGUGCGAGUCAAAGCCGUCGCCAUCAAUCCCACGGACUGGAAGCACGUCGCCUGGGCCGCCGCCGAUGUUGGGUGCAGAGUAGGCUGCGACUAUGCCGGCGUCGUGGAGGAGGUCGGGGCAAACGUCACCAACUUCAAGCCUGGUGAUCGGAUCACUGGCUGGAUCCAUGGCUCGAACCGCGCGAAUCAUGAAUCUGGCGCCUUUGCUGAACUCGCCAUUGCGAAAGCUUGUGUCCAGAUGAAGAUUCCCGAUAACAUGAGCUUUGAAGAAGCAGCUUCACUCGGUGUCGCCCUCAUGACUGUCGGCCAAGGCAUGUACAAGAAGCUCGAGCUCCCACUGCCCACGGCGCCUGCAAAGUCACCGUUUCCCGUCCUCAUCUGCGGCGGCAGCACCUCUACGGGCAUGGCAGGGAUCCAGCUCGCCAAGCUGUCCGGUUUGACCGUGAUCACGACCUGCUCGGCCCGCAACUUUGACCUGGUCAAAUCCCUGGGCGCGGACGCCGCGUUCGACUACAACUCGCCGACCUGUGGCAAGGACAUCAAGCGCUUCACCAACAACAAGCUCCUCUACUCGUGGGACUGCACCGGCGACGGGGCCGGCAUCUGCGCGGUCGCCAUGUCGGACGCGGAGCCGGGCACGUACGGGACCAUCAUGCCCGCCGACUACGAGCUCCUCGCGCGGACGAACCCCAAGGUCACGGGCCAGGAAUUUAUGCGCGGGUACGACACGCAGGGCGAGUUCUACUACUGGCUCGGAGACGUGCCGGUGCAGCCGGACCCGACAGAGAUGGAGUUUUACCGCUUGUUCUUGGAGCUGACGCAGCGGCUGCUGGAGAGCGGCGCGAUCAAGCCCCUGCGGACGAGUCUGAACAAGACGGGAGGCGGGCUGGAGGGCGUAGCGAAGGGGCUAGCGGAGUUGCAGGCGGGCUUGGUCCUCAGUGCAGAGAAACUGGUUUACACUAUCUAG